ACGUUUGCCUGUCAGCCGGGGCCGGGUGGCGGUUGAAGGGGAAAAUGAGCCCGGGCUUUAAUCAGGUUUCGAUGCUGUUCCGACUGUGGAUUUUCUCCUGUUUUUGGGUGUGUCGCCUCCUCGGCACAUCCGAGUUAAACUUCGUCACUUGUGGCUCGGUUAUUAAAUUAUUAAAUACGCGGCACAACGUCAGGUUACAUUCGCAUGAUGUGAAAUACGGCUCGGGAAGCGGUCAGCAGUCUGUGACUGGCGUGACUGAAGCAGAUGACAGCAAUAGUUACUGGAGGAUACGUGGGCAAAGUGAUAUUGUGUGCCAGCGUGGAAAUCCAGUAAAAUGUGGUGAGACUAUUCGAUUGACCCAUAUCAACACAGGUCGUAACUUACACAGCCAUCACUUUACAUCACCAUUAUCAGGAAACCAGGAAGUGAGUGCAUUUGGCGAAGAUGGCGAAGGAGAUAACCUGGAUAAUUGGACUGUCGUGUGUAGUGGAACAUUCUGGGAACGAAAAAAUCCAGUAAGGUUUAAACAUACUGCUACAGAAGUCCUGCUUUCUGUUACAGGAGAACAGUAUGGGCGACCAAUAAAUGGCCAACUUGAAGUUCAUGGCAUGCAGUAUUCAAACCAGUACAAUUCUUGGAAAGUGAUGGAAGGUAUCUUCAUGAAACCUAUGGACGUGUCAAGGGCUGGAGUAGAUGCACAUAUUGAACUAUAAGUAAUAAAAAAAAUGUCAAUACUGUUGUGUGGUUUAGUUUGCAAUUAGACCCUGAACAAAAUCUGAAUCUCUUAAUCCAUUUUUAAAUAUGGAAAAUCUUUUUCAGUAUUAGAUGUACUAUGACGUAAACAUACAAAACUUUGCACUCUAACGGCAUGUUUUUGAAAAAUUGAUGAUCCUGAGGGCAAACACUGGGUAUUUUGUGUGAAGCCUUACUCCUUAACAUCUGGUGGAUGCAGAAAUAGUUUAAAAUACUUCAGUUCAUUGGAACUGUAUUUGUACUUCUAAUGUAAGAACAAAAUUUGGGAUACAUUAAAUAUAAAUGAACUUAAAUCGACUGGAACAAUUCUACAUAUCCAAGUAAGUAUUCAAAAUUAGAAAUGAAUCCAUGAGAACAAUACAAGGCUAUAAUAUUUGGACCACUAAAAAGCAGUGUCCAAGAUGACAAGUAUUAAUUAUACUGGGAUUGUCAUAUAUUUUGAGCCCUAAUUUAAUUCAAAGUAAAUUUGAAUUCUUAAAGGUGAAGUGGAGUCACUGAUUGAAAUAUGGAAUUACUGAAAAAAAUUGGCUAUGGAAAGGGGCUAGUAAUAAACUAGACUUGCUUUAUACCCUGAAGAUCAUGAACUUGCUUUUCUUGGUUGGCUGAGUUUAAUAAGAUUUCAAUUCUUUGCCUAAAUAGAUUGGGAUAUAAAGGAAAGUUGCCUCAUUUCAAGUUUGAAAUAGGAAAGCUGAUGGGCCAAACCCUUACUAAAUGAAAAGUAAUUUAUUUAAGACAAUUACCAAAUUCAACUUCCCUAGGAAGAUGUAUGGUGGCAAUUAACUUGUAAAAGGAGAAAAAUUGGGGCUGGAAUGGAAAAGGGCAGUCUUAAAACAAAACAAAACAUUAGUUUUGUGAUUGAUAGACCAAGCUUAAUAGUUUUCCUUGAGUGCCAAGCUAAGAACCAAAGACGAUCACCUUAAUGGACAUCUUUCCUUUGGCAACCUUUCCCAUCAUGAAAUGCAUGUUAUUCAGUAAACUAUUUACAACAUUGUUUGCUUCAUUCUUCAAGAAUCCUGACACUUUUAAGGUCCUUUUAUAUAAAAAAAAAUUCCUGAUGUGAACUCUUGGUUGCUGGAAUUUAUAUCUAGAAAUAAACCAUCAUUUCUUUAAUCUAUCUGUGCACCUUUUCUAAUUUGCAUAUGUGCUCUUAGCAAGUGAUCUAAUAAAAUUGUGACAAGUCAACAUUGCAAUACGUUGGGACAAGAAAAGGAGAGAAAUUAUUACAACUGUGAUGCAGCAGAAUUGUGAUGGAAAAUCAAGAUUGUGUAAUGGAUGAAUAAUCAAUAAUUUACUUAUCCCUCUGAUAUUACAGUAUGAUCAGUCAGUCCUAAAAAUACUAUCCUAAAUUAAGAUGUGGAUACAGAUGUACAUUGAAUUUUAAUUAUACUAUUCAUUAACUAUAAACAGAUUGUCCAAAUGUUAAAGUUUAACAUUUAAUGUAAAACUUUUGCCAUAUGAUAAGAAUUGAUCCAUUUUUCAUUAUCUUACAUGGAAUAAAUUCUCUCUGAAGUUUUGUAAAA